GGGCGACAGACGUGGCUAUAGAAGUUGUGUAUUAUGUUUUCUAAUAAAAAUAUUGAAUUUGCACGUAAAAUGUCUGAUGUAAUCGUGCCUAAAGGUCAACCAAUACCUGGAGAUCCCGAGAAGAAGGGAUGGCUGUUUAAAUGGACGAAUUACCUAAAGGGUUAUCAAAGAAGAUGGUUCGUGUUGUCGAACGGCUUAUUAUCAUAUUACAGGAACCAAGCGGAGAUGGCGCACACAUGUCGCGGUACAAUAUCACUUCUCGGCGCUCUAAUCCACACGGCUGACAGUUGCACGUUCGUAAUCAGUAAUGGAGGCACGCAGACAUUCCACAUCCGCGCCCAUGACGAGGUGGAGCGCCAGAGCUGGGUCACGGCACUCGAACUGGCCAAAGCUAAGGCUAUUCGAGCGCAAGAAUCCGACGACGACGAAGACCAGAUGACGACCGGCACUGUAGCUGUCGGCAGCAACGAAGGAGACAGCGAAGACGCCGGCGGCAUAGCUCGGGAGCUGGCGGCGCGGUUCCACGACCUGCGCACGUGCUCCGAGCUCGUCACGCGCCACGGAGCCGCUCUCCAGAGGUCGCUUGUCGAUCUCGAGACGCCGCCCACUGAUACCACCAAUCAGGUGUCCGAGAGAGCCACACUCUUCAGGAUAUCUUGUAAUGCAAUGAUGAAUGCGUGCUCUGAAUUCAUGAGCGCGGCGGCGGCGUCGAGCAGGCGCAUGUCGCGCGCGCUGCAGCACGAGCGCGACCAGAAGCUGCGCCUGCAGGAGGUGGUCGAGCAGCUCGCCCGACAACACGACACGCUCGAGAAAACCGUCAACGCACGGACUACGCCGCAUCCAGGAGGUAACGGCACCAACCAAGGUAACGAAACGGAGGAUGAAGACCAUGAGUUCUUCGACGCUGUUGAGGAGGGCGUCUCUUCCAACAUGGACGAUAAGACGUCGUUUGUAAUCAAAGUGCCAGUGAAUAGAAAAAAUAAAGUAAAAAGCGGCGAAAGCUCUGAUGAGUCUGAAGGCGAGACUGUGACUGAAACGCAACAGGUGAUAUUCGUGGAGGACAAGGAGCGCGCCGAGAGCGCCAUGGGCGGCUCGGAGGGCGGCGCGCCCGCCAGGGACCAGGACAUCGUCGUGUGGCCGCACGUGUCCCAAGUGGUGAGCUCGGUGGACGGCCACCCGCGGCGGCUGCGUGUGCCAGACAAGCCCAACUACCCGCUCAGUCUGUGGUCCAUCAUGAAGAAUUGUAUAGGUAAAGAGCUAUCGAAGAUCCCGAUCCCGGUGAACUUCAGCGAGCCGCUGUCGAUGCUGCAGCGGCUGACGGAGGACUACGAGUACUCGUCGAUCCUGGACGAGGCGGCCAAGUUCACCGACCCGGCGCAACAGCUCGCGUACGUGGCGGCCUUCACCGUGUCGUCGUAUGCCACCACCGCUUGCAGAACGAACAAACCGUUCAACCCACUGCUUGGUGAAACGUAUGAAUGUGAUCGCAUGUCAGAUCUGGGCUGGCGUUCGAUAUCUGAACAGGUGUCGCAUCACCCGCCCAUGGUGGCGCAGUUCACCGAGGGCCAGGCCGGCUGGCAAUGUUGGCAGGAGUUCACCAUGACCACCAAGUUCAGGGGCAAAUACCUGCAAAUCAUACCGCUGGGUGGCGCGUCCGCCAUGUUCGUUAGCUCCGGCAACAAAUACACCUGGAGGAAGGUAACGACGACGGUGCACAAUAUAAUUGUGGGGAAGCUGUGGGUGGACAAUCACGGAGACAUGGACAUCGUGGGCGAGGCGGGGCCCGCCGCGGGGUAUGUGGCGCAUCUUAAGUACCUGCCCUACGGGUACUUCAGCAAGGAUACGCAGAGGAAGGUCACCGGCGUCGUCAAGGACCCGCAGGGUGUGCCGCGCUACGUGUUGCAGGGCCACUGGGACAGCCGCGUGGAGGUGGCGCCCGUGACCAGCACGUCGCCCGACAACACCGUGUGCAAGACGGGCAAGUUCACGGUGGCGUGGGAGCGCGUCCCCGCCCCGCCCGACUCCGACAAGUGGUACAACUUCACGCUCCUCGCCGCGCAGCUCAACGAGCCCGAGCCCGGCGUCGCGCCCACCGACUCGCGUCUGCGGCCCGACCAGCGCCUCAUGGAGGAGGGGCUGUGGGACGAGGCCAACGCGGAGAAGCUGCGGCUCGAGGAGAAGCAGCGCGGCGCGCGGCGGCAGCUGGAGGCGGCGGCGGAGGCGGCGGCGGCGCGCGGCGCGGCGGCCCCGCACGGGCCCGCGCCGCUCUGGUUCACGCGCGACGCGCGCGCCGCGCCCUCCGCGCACCCGCAGCUGCGCCACGUCUACAACCACCGCUACUGGGACUGCAAGCGGCGCCAGGACUGGACGGGCUGCCCGGACAUUUUCUAGCCGCCGCCCGCCGACCGCGGGCCCCGUGUUCCGCUUACGGUUCGCGACGCCGGUCUCGCGUUUUAAUUCUCUCAUUCCACGAUGACCGAGAUCGUACAGCGGUGAGUCGACGUUGUUCCGUAUGGUUCCACCGUCGACGUGUACAUAUUUAUUUGUGGAUCGUCCGUCGCGUUCUCACAGUGUCGGCGAACCGUCGUGGCCUAAAGAUAGCUAAGUUUUUAGUUUAACGCGUUCGAGUGCCGUAAUAGUUCGGUUGUUGAUCGUUCCGAUGCGAACGACCCGUCGACGGAUCGAUCGCCCGACCUCGGCGACGAGCUCGAACGGCUCGCUGUGACCUUACGGACUUUCUGACUCGCGUUUAAAAAUCACGAGCGCUUCUGUAGUCUCGAGAGAGUGAAAGAAAGUGUGUGUGUAUGGUUGAAGACUACGGGUGAGGUGUAGUGAUUUCGAUUUGAUCGCAUGAUAAAGCUUCCUUAUAAAAUAGUUUAUAUUACGAGCGCUGCGUGCCCGCCGGCGCGGACCACGUCGUGAACGGUGCCGGCCGCGGCUGACACGGAAUCAAUAUUGUGACAGGUGCUUCUAAUAAUCAGAUUUCAAUUUCAAUUUUGUCACGCUAUUAAUCUCUAAAAAUGAAAUAUAUAGUGGGCAUUAAAGGUAAGCCAUUUACGUCCCUUUAGGAGCUGUAAAGUCGUAAUGUAUCUUUAAUGCCUUGAAGUAGGAGCAAUAGAGCGUUAUCUUGUAAGUGUUAUAAGUGAAGACAAGUCGGUAUCAGCCCGCGCUCGACUCGCACAGCACCCGCGCCCUGCGCUUGAUAUCCACUUGUACAGCUCUAGGAUAUUUUGUAAGGUCUAUUACAAAUUGUACAUUUUCAAAUGGAUGUAAGAUAAUUUGUUAAUAUUUUUAUUAUAAUAGAAUGAUAUUUGAAUACAAAGCCAUAACAUCUGUAUCAUGUUGAUUAUGAAAAUAAAAUAUAAUGUCACGGUA